AAGGUUACUAGUAUUUAUUUGGAUUUAUUUAUUAGUAUAUAAAUGGAAUUAAUUACACUAAUAAAAAAUCGGAGAAGGAAAGGACAGUACAGGAGUGGUAGCUAGAAAAAUAAAUAAAUUAUUAUGUAAAAAUUCAAGUAAAUAAAGCUUGCGGUGACAAAAGAAGAAAAAAAGCAAAGCAAGGAAGGAGCGCGCUGGAAUCUUCACUUCUCUCUCUCCCGUCUUUCUCUGCUUUUUGUUAUGCAAAUCCUGAGACUGAUUUGAACUGAAAUGAUGAUGGAAAUCCAAAAUCUGCAAUAUUAGAGAAAGCGACACGCACAGAGAGAGAAAAACGGAGGAGCCCAUCAACAGAGCCACAUGCACCUGCAGAUACUAGAUACAGAGAUUUAAUCGCUAGAUUAUGUUAUUAUUAUUGAAUCACAAAUAAGAUCUUCCUCCUCCUGUUUAAUCUUCUUCUGGGUUUGGACGAUCCUCUUUCGAGACGUGCAACUGCUCAUAUAUGCAUAAGCAGAGACUGCUGCAGUGAUUUUUGCCCCUUCAAGAUUAAAAUCAAGACGCUUUCUUUCAUAUUGAACGGAAAUGUCAGGUUUCGAAGGAUUUGGGGCUAAUGAUGAACUUAGAGAGAGGAGAUCAGACUUUGAGAACUCUGAAGAUGAGAGACGACACUCGAAGAUUGGAAACCUCAAGAAAAAGGCUAUAAAUGCUUCAAAUAAGUUCACUCAUUCUCUUAAGAAAAGAGGUAAAAGGAAAAUUGAUUACAGGGUUCCUUCUGUUUCAAUAGAGGAUGUGCGAGAUGCAAAAGAGGAGAGUGCAGUUCUUGAGUUGCGUCAAAAACUUAUGGACAGAGAUUUGUUACCUCCUAGACAUGAUGACUAUCAUACAUUGUUAAGAUUCUUGAAAGCCAGAGACUUUAACAUUGAAAAAACGAUUCAUAUGUGGGAAGAAAUGCUUAAUUGGAGGAAGGAGUUUGGGACGGACACCAUAUUAGAGGAUUUUAAGUUUGAGGAGCUGGAGGAAGUCUUGCAAUAUUAUCCACAAGGAUAUCAUGGAGUUGAUAAGGAUGGCAGGCCUGUUUACAUUGAAAGGUUAGGAAAGGCUCAUCCAAACAGGCUUAUGCAUAUCACCAGUAUAGACCGAUAUCUAAAGUACCAUGUUCAAGAGUUUGAGAGGGCUCUACAAGAAAAGUUCCCCGCCUGCUCAAUUGCAGCAAAAAGACGGAUAUGUUCAACAACAACAGUAUUGGAUGUGCAGGGCUUGGGUGUUAAAAAUUUUACAAGGACUGCUGCAAAUCUGUUGGCUGCCAUGACAAAGAUUGACAACAAUUACUACCCUGAGACUUUACAUCGAAUGUACAUUGUCAAUGCGGGUCCUGGUUUCAAGAAAAUGCUUUGGCCUGCUGCACAGAAAUUUCUUGAUGCAAAGACUAUUUCAAAGAUACAAGUUCUGGACCCCAAAUCCUUGUAUAAGCUACAGGAAGUCAUUGACCCGAAUCAAUUGCCUGAUUUCCUAGGUGGUUCAUGCACUUGUUCUUCCAAAGGUGGUUGCCUUACGUCUAAUAAAGGUCCAUGGAAUGACCCAGACAUAAUGAAGCUUGUGUGUAAUGCAGAAGCAACAUUUGUGAGGCAAAUUACCAGAGUGUCUAAUGAUCAGCAGAAAUUUGACUCUUAUACUCACAUACGCCCACUGAAGGGAAGAUCUAGUGACACGUCAACAGCCGAGUCAGGGUCAGAUAUUGAUGAUCCUCAUUCUGCAAUUGAAAGAAGGAGCUCUACUAUUCCUCGUUUGGCUCCCGUUCAUGAAGAACUCAAGGUACCAGAUUCAAAUGGCUACUUCAGCUGUGAUGAUAAUUUUACCCUUGUUGAAAAAGCCAGUAAAGUUGACAAAGGAGUGGAAGAUUCUCGUGGCCAAUCAUUUAAAAUAAAUGAUGUGGGGAGCAUUGCACGUAAAGCAACAUCAAGCACAAAAGGAGUUGCUUGUUGGCUGGAUACUGUCAAAGAAAAGGUUGAUAGAAGCAAUAUCCAUUGUACAGCAAGAAUGCUGAUAAAUUUCAUCAUCAAACUAGUUGCGAUUUUCCGUGGUUUGCAAUUUGAAUUACGGAGAAGGCCAAACAACAUUCACCCAUCCAAUUCCGUUGAACACCACAUCAAUGGUGAUCCACCAGCUCUUAGACCCGGGAAUAAUGAAGAAGCAGAAGACCGUGUUCUUCCAUGUAUUGAACGUCUUCAAAGACUAGAGAAAGCAUUUGAAGAGAUUAGAAACAAGCCUGCAGGCAUUCCUUUGGAGAAGGACCAAAUGCUUAAGGAAUCCCUGGACAGAAUCAAGUGUGUUGAGUAUGAUCUUGAGAAAACGAAGAGGGUUCUACAUGCUACAGUAACGAAGCAACUUGAGAUCACCGAGCUGCUAGAAAAUCUACGGGAAUCUAAAUUCCGGCGAAGGAGAAUGUUCUGUUAACAAUGCAAGACUGACAGAGUGACAAAAUCACAAGACAAAUAAAAAAAAUAGAACGUGUUUGAGGACUAACAACGGAACAAGUUUGCAUUUUCAAGUUGAGAGUUGGAGGGAGGUGAGCCAGAAAGAGUGCCAUUGUGAGGGGAUCUUAGGUCCUGGUGUACAGGAUGCAGAUACUUGUUCCACUGUUUCUUUUCUUAAUGGCCAUUUUACAGUUAGUAUUUGACCCAAAUUACAGUUGAGCUGUUGGGGGGUGGUUCCCCCGAAAAGUACAGAUAAGAAAAAUCAAUGAAAUGUUUCAUAAAAAUGUGGGAAUGUCUUGCACUAAA